AGAAUUGGCCAGAAAAAAUGCUCAUGUGUUCAUGUUAGGUCGUAACCUCGAGGGAUGUCAGGCUGUCAUUGAAAAAAUUAAAUCUGAAACUGCUUCACAACCAGCACGUAUAGUAAAUGUUAGCAGUCGUGGUCAUGCUAUAGUUGCUGGGAUUGAAUUCGAGAAAUUAAAUGAUCCAAAUGCGCAGGACCCGACGCAGCGUUAUGCACAAUCAAAACUAGCAAUUAUUUUGUCUACUAACGAAUUAAAUAAACGAUAUCUUGAAGGAGAACAAGUAUAUGCUAACUCUCUUCAUCCAG